AUGAGUGAUUCUGUGCAGCACAACACUAGGCCCAUAACAGCCAGUACUCAACCCAUCCCAGCCAGCACUCAACCUAUCCCACCCAUCACUAAGCCUAUCCCAGCCAGCACUAAGCCUAUCCCAGCCAGCACUAAGCCUAUCCCACCCAGCACUAAGCCUAUCCCACCCAGCACUAAGCCUAUCCCACCCAUCACUAAGCCUAUCCCACCCAUCACUAAGCCUAUCCCACCCAUCACUAAGCCUAUCCCACCCAUCACUAAGCCUAUCCCACCCAUCACUAAGCCUAUCCCACCCAGCACUAAGCCUAUCCCAGCCAGCACUAAGCCUAUCCCACCCAUCACUAAGCCUAUCCCACCCAUCACUAAGCCUAUCCCACCCAUCACUAAGCCUAUCCCACCCAUCACUAAGCCUAUCCCAGCCAUCACUAAGCCUAUCCCAGCCAGCACUAAGCCUAUCCCAGCCAGCACUAAGCCUAUCCCAGCCAGCACUAAGCCUAUCCCAGCCAGCACUAAGCCUAUCCCAGCCAGCACUAAGCCUAUCCCAGCCAGCACUAAGCCUAUCCCACCCAUCACUAAGCCUAUCCCAGCCAGCACUAAGCCUAUCAUUAAACUCAGUCUGGAGAACAACCAGUACUACUCUCACAAAUGGCAAACCCAAAAAAUAUGUGCAGCAAACCUCUAG